AAGUGAGCCCGGCUCAUGAUGGGCCAGGCCCUACCCAAGUGAAGCCCAACUCCAGGGAUAGGCCCACCCGGCAUAUCUCCCAUGCCAGCACUGAUCUUCAAGCUCCCCACAAGAAGUGUGGAGACCCGCCUCGCUUCAGCGACCUCCAGCCAAGAUAAGACCCUUCCCAAAGAGGGCCCCCAUUGCCGGCCCCGGCGCACGUUCCCCUGGGCUAGACCCAGGACCCAGGUCUCAGAACCCAGAACUCUCGCUCAAGGGCAGCAGAGCUUCGAUCUCUUGGUGAUUGGUGGGGGAUCCGGUGGCCUGGCUUGUGCCAAGGAAGCUGCUCAGCUGGGAAGGAAGGUGGCAGUGGCUGACUAUGUGGAGCCCUCUCCCCAAGGUACCAAAUGGGGUCUCGGUGGCACCUGUGUCAAUGUGGGUUGCAUACCUAAGAAGCUGAUGCAUCAGGCUGCCCUGCUGGGGGGCAUGGUCAAAGAUGCUCACCACUAUGGCUGGGAGGUAGCCCAGCCCAUCCAGCACAACUGGAAGAAAAUGGCAGAAGCUGUGCAAAACCAUGUGAAGUCCUUGAACUGGGGUCACCGAGUCCAACUUCAGGACAGGAAAGUCAAGUACUUUAACGUCAAAGCCAGCUUUGUCGACAAGCACACAGUUUGCGGUGUUGAUAAAGGUGGGAAGACAACGCUGCUUUCAGCUGACCACAUAGUCAUUGCUACAGGAGGGCGACCGAAGUACCCCACACAAAUCAAAGGAGCCCUGGAAUAUGGAAUCACAAGUGAUGAUAUCUUCUGGCUGAAGGAGUCCCCUGGGAAAACGUUGGUGGUCGGAGCCAGUUACGUAGCCCUAGAAUGUGCCGGCUUCCUCACAGGCAUUGGACUGGAUACCACGGUCAUGAUGCGCAGCAUCCCCCUUCGCGGCUUUGACCAGCAAAUGUCAUCUUUGGUCACAGAGCACAUGGAAUCUCAUGGUACCCGAUUCCUGAAAGGCUGCAUCCCCUCCGUCAUCAAAAAACUCCCAACUGGCCAACUGCAGGUCACCUGGAAGGACCACGCCUCUGGCAAGGAGGACACAGGCACCUUUGAUACUGUCCUGUGGGCCAUAGGGCGAGUUCCGGAAACCAGAAAUCUGAAUCUGGAGAAGGCUGGUGUGAAUAUCAACCCUGAGAAUCAGAAGAUUGUUGUGGAUGCCCAGGAUGCCACGUCCGUCCCCCACAUCUUUGCCAUUGGAGAUGUUGCUGAGGGGCGGCCUGAGCUGACACCCACAGCUAUCAAGGCAGGAAAACUGCUGGCUCAGAGGCUCUUUGGGAAAUCCUCAGCCUUAAUGGAUUACAGCAACGUUCCCACGACUGUCUUUACGCCAUUGGAGUAUGGCUGUGUGGGGUUGUCUGAGGAGGAGGCCGUGGCUCUCUAUGGCCAGGAGCAUGUAGAGGUUUACCAUGCAUAUUAUAAGCCCCUGGAGUUCACUGUGACGGAUCGAGAUGCAUCACAGUGCUACAUAAAGAUGGUGUGCUUGAGAGAGCCCCCACAGCUGGUACUGGGCCUGCACUUUCUUGGCCCCAACGCUGGAGAAGUCACUCAAGGAUUUGCUCUGGGGAUCAAAUGUGGGGCGUCAUAUGCACAAGUGAUGCAGACAGUGGGGAUCCAUCCCACCUGCUCUGAGGAGGUGGUGAAGCUGCACAUCACCAAGCGCUCAGGCCUGGAGCCCACUGUGACUGGAUGCUGAGGUUAAGCCACCAUCCCUGCCAGGCUGAGGGCACACACUAUGCCAUGUGCCCAGUACAAGGCUCCUCGGACACCUGGGUCUAGGACUGGAAGGCUUUGCCGCUUCCUCAGAGGUCCCAGAAGAUGUGGAUAGAGCACCGUGUCUGAGUAAAUGGCCAUGUGUCCUGCAGGGAUGACGCCACACUUACACCCUCUGGACAGCCUUCCCACCCUCCAGCGCCAGGUGAUGACGGCCUGUGCAGAAACCCCACGUGGGCUGCUCAGGUUUGAGACCCUGGCAUUUCUGGAGCACCAAUAAAGAGGGUGUUUUUCUAAA